CCCCCAAAGCCGCAUUUCUCGAAGAACUUACGACGCCCCCCUAGGGUUCGUUAAGUAUCAAUAAUGAAAAAUAAAAACGGCGAAGAGGACAAGAGGCAGACGCCACACAGAUCCCAAACGCCACGCCGUCGCAGACGCAGUUAAGAAAACACGUGGCUCGCAUCCCGAGCCAGCGAGGGCGACAUAGCACAGGAUUGUGUGAUUCAAAAUAACAUAUUCAGACAUCAUUCCUAACGGGAGUACUGCGGAGACUGCGGUAAGAGACGUAUGUACGCUUGGAGGACCACAUCAAAAGUACUCCCCCACCCCACCCCUGCAUGCACAACUGUUGAGUACACCCCCCCUCUUGCAGGUAGGGUUCGCAUGAAUGAACAACAACGGCGAGGAAGACAAGAGGCAGAGGCUACGGAUCCCAAACGCCGUCGCAAAUGCUAAGGAAAUACACGACUCUCAUCCCGCGCCAGCGAGAGCGACAAACCUAUCACAGCAUUGUGUAAUUCAAAUGAAACUUCAAGGGGAGUCAAAAGUUUCUCUGCCUCCUCCUGCAACGCUUCGUGCAGUUGUGGACGUAAUAAGGACCCGGGCCACGCGUUGCACGACGAAGCAGCGGAGAUCCGGGCGACUGGACCUGGAGGUUAACGACCGGAAGCGAAUUUGAUUCAGGUGUCAGGCAAAGGCGGGUAGUGGAAAACGACGGAGCGAUCUACGCAAGUCUGUAGAACUGAAGGGGGGCUAGGUAAUCUUGGAAAAAAAAAAUCCCGAGGGCGAACAGGCACCCUGUACUGGGGGAGAGAGUGUGAGGGGCACCGCGUGCAAGACAAAAAGUCCGGAAAAACACACGCAACCACCCAACGUCAUCGCAGGCAGAGGGAGGAAAGGGGCGCGUUUUAAAGAGGGUUCGAAACAUAUACCAGGCCGAAACACACCUUGCCACACGGCUUAGAGUUCCACCGAGGAUUCGGACUCCGCGUCGUCACGAUUACCAUUCCCUGUUCUGGCCCGGAGAUGAAGAACCAUCCCCGUCUCCGUCUUUCUCGGUCCCUCCACCCCAGUCUUCACCCCCGCUUCCGUCCCCGUUCUCCUGGGACCUUCCGCUCCCGUUUUCCUGGGACCCUCUGCCCCCGUUCUCCUGGGACCCUCCGCCCCCGUUUUUCCUGGGACCCUCCCUCUGCGCCCGUUCCCCUCGGGCCCUCCGCCCUCUCCCUUGGCCUCGAAUAGGUAUGGCUUGAGGUAGCGCCUCGCAUCCUCCGCACUUCGAAUGCUGUCGGGCUCGGGGAUGUCGCCGAGGUAUUCCUCACCGAAUUCCACGAACUUGCCCCAGAAGCCGAGAUAAGAAAAAACGAUUAUACCGCCAGUUUAUGAACGUGCGGGAGGUCCAUCACUCAGAAACCUCCCGUCAACCAAAUGCGUCUCGACUCAUGCCUAGGAGCGGUUACAGGGCCCCCUGAACCUGCGGCGACAUAAUGAACACUUGAGCGGGAGACAAGCCACAGAGAAAGCAACUAACGGUAAAAACUUUGGGGCAGACCUUGCAGGACCGCUUUUGUGCCAGACAAAUAAACUUACGAACGCCGCGGGAGACAGGGAUGGGUUGAAGAAUACGCCAGUGUCACAGAGUUACAGUCAGCUCAUCGAAACAAUAGCAACAUACGUUUUGCGGAUGACAUGGUACUUGUCGCCGCCUUUGUGCUUUCCACCAAAGGCCUUCUCCAGGAAUUCUUUGACCACGGGGAAGGUGCGGUACUUGUCGGGGUCGCUCUUGUUUGACGUUUUAUUCCCUGGCGUUAGCCUCCUCGCGUUGAUUACAUCCCUCGAGACGUGCAGCUCCAUCUCCUGCAGAGCUACCUCCAUAGUCGGCUGCAGAAUCUUCAAAAGACGAUCAGUCCAUGUCGCCGCAUUGGGGGGGGAGAGGGGGGGGUCGUGGUGCUUAGCGGGAAAUACGCUAGAUUGUUGGAUGCACCAGAGUAAAUUUAGGAGUUGGUGAGCUGGAAACGCGCAGGGAUACAAAAAGGGGCGGAGCGAACAUGGACAGCAGCAGUUAUCACGACGUGAUGGCACACGCGGGUAUUAGACCAAAUGCGCCAAAUACCACGGGAGCUAGCUUAAGGGUCAGAGAAUUGGUACAAUAGCGCGAAAGGGCGGAGAGCAAAACGGUUCAAUAUACUAAUGGAAUGGUGAUGCACAUCGUAUGCAGCUUCGCAAUGACGCUUUGGAUUGCUGCACUCUAGGCCCGCUCGAUAAGCGCUUCCGAUAAGGACACAGUCACAACCCAACAGAGGUCGCGUGCAUCAACAUUAGUCUUCAUCGGUCUACACAUACAUUGCAAGAAAUAGUUGCAUGCGCUCGACAGCAGGUGCAGCGUAAGACCUUUUGUCCUUUCGCUUCGGGCGUUAGGGGGGCACGAGAUCAAGUUACAACCCCUCAUUGGUGACGUAAGAGUCUGGUCCGGCGAGUCGGGCGUGAUCCGUUGAAACGUUGUAGGGAUGCGAGGUCAACUACGGCAUGCACGGCUAUGAGCCCCCCCUGUAUAUUCAGAAGAUGGGGCACCGUGGUUUCAAAAACCCUCUCGUUCAUAAUCCUACUGCCAUAAGUCUGAGAAGCGCGGCAGGCAAUACCUGGUUCCAAGGUGCGGAGCGAGGGCAACUGUACACCUCGUAGAAGGACAUCGUCUUCAUGGUGUCGUCCUUCGCUACGGGAACGCCGUGUUUUGCGGGGCCUAGGCCCUUUGAGAACAUGGCGGUCCCGAGGCCGCGCAUGGCGGCCUCCGGCUGUAGAGAUAGAGUAGGCGGAGGACGGGAACUCAACAGGUGGUGAGAGGCAACUCAUUCGGAGGUGGCGAAAGGGGGUAGGUGGGGGUGGUCCACGGUAAGGUCCAAGCCGUGUGUAGGAUACGCCGUAAUCGCCCGAGUGGUGCACACGGCUAGGAGUUGCUUGUUGGGUUUCAGAUGACCUCCGUGCUGUACACAAUACCGAAGGGCAGGCGGGCGAGUCGUUUUGUCUGUUACAUUACCCACGAUGGAACUGCCAUGAUGGGAACCGGGAAGAGGAGAAAAUGCAACAGACGCAGUGGAAAACGAGCGAGCGAUACAGAGGGAAACGAUAUCCUUGGUCCAAUCCGGUCAAAAUAAUAACCCCAAAAGUACGAAAGUAAUCAAGAGAGCAUUGCGGGCUUAACGAACGUUGGGUGACGUGUUUUUGCCGAUUUUCUGUUAUGCGCACAUGUGCGGGGCUUACCGCAGCCUUGGAGCCCCGAAAUUGGUUCAGUUCCGGAAAUAGAAUCAGCAAAGUGAUGCCGGGCGUGACCUGAUGCCCCAAGACCGAAG